UUGCAGUGGGGCAAGGCAUCAGAGGCGGCAUCACCUCAGUUGAACUUCCCCCGGCGAGCCGAGACUACCCACCAGAGAACGGCAGCAAGAGUCCCUCUCGCCCACACAGCCAGCCCACCAUGGCACAGUUCAACGCCAACGCGCUACGGAACAUCUACCGGCUAGCCAUACCGGCGGCCGUCGGCGUCAGUCUGGCCAGCCAGUCGAUAUACGAUGUCCGAGGCGGCUCGCGCGCCGUCAUCUUCGACCGACUGUCGGGAGUGAAGGAAGGCGUCAUCAGCGAGGGCACACACUUCCUCAUCCCAUGGCUGCACAAGAGCAUCAUCUUUGACGUGCGCACCAAGCCCCGCAUGAUCGCCACCACGACGGGGUCCAAGGACCUGCAGAUGGUCAGCUUGACCUUGAGGGUGCUUCACAGGCCUGAGGUGCAGGCCCUGCCUAAGAUCUACCAGAGCCUCGGUCAAGACUACGACGAGCGAGUGCUGCCUUCGAUCGGCAACGAGGUCCUCAAGUCCAUCGUGGCCCAGUUCGACGCCGCCGAGCUAAUCACACAGCGCGAGGCCGUCUCGCAGCGAAUCCGUACGGACCUGAUGAAGCGCGCCGCCGAGUUCAACAUCGCUCUGGAGGACGUCUCGAUCACGCACAUGACAUUCGGCAAGGAGUUCACAAAGGCCGUCGAGCAGAAGCAGAUCGCACAGCAGGAUGCCGAGCGGGCGCGCUUCAUCGUCGAGAAGGCCGAGCAGGAGCGGCAGGCCAACGUCAUCCGCGCAGAGGGCGAGGCUGAGAGCGCCGACGCCAUCGCGAAGGCCAUCGCCAAGGCCGGCGACGGCCUCAUACAAAUCAGAAAGAUUGAGGCAAGUAGGGAGAUCGCGAACACGCUGGCGAGCAACCCCAAUGUUGCGUAUCUACCGGGCGGAAAGCAAGGCACAAAUAUCCUGUUGAAUGCCGGGCGGGCGUAAGUACGAGUCGACGUCAGGCAGGGGAUAAGCGUGGGGUGAAAGACCCUUGGGCAGGAUGGACCAGGCUCCCAGCGACGAGUCCGUCUAUUCAGGGACUGCGGGAAUGUGGUUCGUGUAAUAUCUCUACCAGAGACGAGGUCAUAAGAUCAUGUCUUCCCCACUUUGAAAUGAAGUAAUGGCAAACCCCGUUUGCGCCAAGAUGUGCAUAGAAAAAUACUCCAGACUGACCGACACGCUGGCCAAUGCUUCCGGGGUUGCCUGUACUAAGGCUGGAGGGGUUUGACACUCUCAUUGUCCUGGCCCCAUAUUCAUGAGUUGAACCCUUCGACCGACAGCACUCGACACUACCCCAUGUCCCUGGUCGUGCCUACGGAGCCUCCAGGAACUCCUCGCUUAAACGGGCGCCGCCUUCAUCCGAAUCCUCGCUUACCCGUGCUUCCUGUUGCCGGGGUACCCAACCGGGCUCCCGGAUGAUCCCAUCAACUAUCUUCCAACCUUGUGAUUUCAUCAACGACCACUCCUUCUGGACCUUGAGUCGGGCUAGCUCGCCGGCUGCCCUGGCGUCUUCCGCGCUGUCGUGUCCCUCCGCCCCUUGCAUCUGGAUGCGCCGAUUCAGGUGUAGCUCCAUGAGCGCCUUGAGGCCAUUUCGGAUCGGCAGGCCCCUCUUGUGAGGGUAGACUAGAAUCGUGUCGACGACUUUGGGGUGGACCAUGCGCAUGGCGUUCAGAUCGUUCUCAAGGCCGUGGCCGAUGAGCACAGUGUCGGGGCUGAUAGAAGAGAAGAGUAGCUGUCGGGCCGCUUCAGGUGAUGAAACCUUCUGGAGUAUCUUCCUCUCGCCAGGCUGCUGUGCUGGAGGCACCCAGUCCUUUGACCAGGAUACUGCUCGUGCUAGGUCUUCUGCAAAGACACCGCUGUACUGCGAGUUCAGGUCGAGAAUCUCCCCAAAGGGUUGCACGAGUACAUCCAGGAGUUCUGCGCCGUCCGGCCAUGAGGUCGCUGUCAACCUGACCAGCUCCAUCCCAUACACGGUGUAACCCAUCUCGCAGUCGAAGCACACCGCCUUGGCCGCGUCAGGACUCGCAUUGGGAGGGGUGGCUGCGUAGUUCCAUAGAGUUGCCAGGCGCUUAGGAUCGCUAGUCUUCCAUACGUGAUUACUUGCCUUUGCGCAGCCAGGUGAUUCCCCGACGUCCUGCUGGCAGCACCGAUACCGCUUUGGGAUGUGGGUGAAGUCUCCCUUGGGGCGGUCAGGCAGGUAUUGCUUUCCUGGGUGAUGCGUGCACUGCCCACCGGAUGCAAGCUCCCCGGUCUCGAUGUUGCGGCCCGGGAACACCUGGAAUCGAACGGUACAUCUGUCGCAUUUCUCCCAGUUGUGCGACAUCAGGACGGCCGCCUUCGCCUCGGCGAUCUGAUCAUCCGUGGGUGGAACCGGGACGUAGCCAUACGCGGCGAGGCCGACGAUGGGAGUGACCAAUCUCGUCUUCAAUACCGCGACCUCCUGCUCGGCGCUCAGGCCUGUCGUGAUGACAACUGGGGGGCCGUUCGCUGGCGGCUUCUCCAGCGGCUUCUUCUCUGUAGCUUCCCUGCGUUGCUUGACCCAAUCGUCCACCGACAGGCGCCUGUAUCUCACCACAUCCUGCUUGAUGAUGUUGCCAUAAAUAGACGACUUGUUAAUUGCAAUAUGCUGCUCGCGGUCGAGGGCCAUCCAUAUGAGUUCCUGGCCUGAUAGGACCAGAUGCUUGAUCUCGGGGUGCUUUUCGCUCAGCUUGCUGAGUCCCUCGUUGAGACGUACGAACUGUUGGUGGAGGAGCUUGAGCAAUUGCAGGCGGACGUUAUGGGCGGCAGGGGCUUUCUGGAGGUGGCGGGGGUUGAGGGUCUCUGGCUUUCUGGCCGGCUUGGUCAUAGCCUGGGGGCCAAGUGAAGGUGGCUUGGCCUGGCCGUCUCUGGUUGCGGGCUCGCCUGGUGCUAGGGAGGCGGGCUUCGCACGCGACGAAUUGAGCCUCGCAUAGUCCGAGGUUUUUGGUGGUGCAUGCAAAGACUGUCCUGACUGUCCGGCAUUCAAAGUCGGCCUUUUCUGCGAGACUGGCGCGGGGGAAACGUCCGAGGCCGGUCUCGACAGCGGUGAUUCACUGGUCUUUGUCGACCGCGUCAAUUGAUGGUUCAAGGAUGACGGCGACUGUGAUGGCGGGGACAAUGGAUCGUAUGGUUUCUGUGUUUUCAUCUCAUCAUGUACCGUGACCCGCCGGCUCUCAUCUUUGCUGGAAUGUGGGAUGAAGCGUCUGAUCUGGCCGUUGUCAGGUUGUGGUGCGUCAACACCAGGACGACCAGCCAAAGCCUGAUUGUUUGACUGGGCCAAGGUUCCAUCUCGUCGGUGAGCCUCGUCGACCCUCUGACGCUUGGGGGCGGGCUCGUCUGCAGCGCCAUCGAGUGACGAGGCCCUGUGGCCAAAGAGGCAUCCAGGGGUGGUGCAGCUCGCUCCUCCCGCCUCCUUGGGACAAGGCAGGUGCUUGAGACCGUGGAAGACGGGCACCCCGUUGGUCGAGGCUGAGGACAUGUUGCCGAAUGCAAUGCUGUGGGCGGGUGGGCGAGGGGGUCAACAAGGUGUGGAUACCUAGGUAUGGUCUAUGCCACGCAGUGAGAAACCUUGGGGUUCCGGUCAAGCGCAGGCUCAGGGUUAGAAAUCUCUAGCACACGAGGGAUCCAGAGCGGCUGGAAGCCGCAAAGGUGAAGCAAAAAGAUUGCAAAAAGCAGGUGGGCAACAGACAGC